AUUUCUCAUCAAAGUUACGGUGCAGAUGAUUUGUUUCAAAUCAAAAAACGUUAAUUAAUUAAAAUUGGUUGAAAAAAUUAAAAGGUUGGGAUGCUUUUCUUUGGUCUUAUAAUUAUACUAGUGUUAUGUCAAUGUGAAUCUAAUCAUUAUGACUUGGAACCACGUCAUCAUCACUAUUAUGCAUCACUACUUCAUAAAAGAGAUGUUCCCAAUCUUCAAGUAGAAGAUGGUUUACCUAGCUUUGCUGCACUGUUUGGAAAAAGUUCUCCUGAUGGUGGUACCUCUUAUGAAGUUUUUGGAUGCACCAUUAAAAAUACAAAAAAUGGUUGUCUUUGGACAUUAAUACCUGACAAAACAUGUCUCGAGAAGCUAUCACUUGGUAAAAUAUUUGAAAUGCUAUCAAGUAAAACUGAGAAGUUUAAAAGUUUGCAAAAUUUGACAAAAAGUAUUUUUUCUCCUGGUGCAUUUGUUGUCAAGCAAUUAAUUUUAGCGACAUGUGGUGAUUCAAAAGGUGAUGUGCAAUUUAGUUGUCAAUCUGUUCAAGCUUUUGAUGUUAUUAAAGAUAAAGUUAAGAUAGUUAGUGGUGAACUUAACUUGAAAUUUAAUUAUAUGGAGUUACAAAAUGAGUUUGCUUUUACUAAUAUUGAAUUUGACAUAAAAGGUAAAGUUGAAAUUGCUGGUCUCAUUGUAUCAGUUCAAGUACAAAAGGAUAAAAAAAGCUCUUCAUCAUCUAUAAAAAUAUUUGCAGAAGAAAUUAAAGUUACUGAUUUUUCAAAGUUCUUUUUAAAAACUAAACAGGAGGCAGUAUCUGAAGUAAUAGCUGGGAUUGAAGAUGGUAAUGGUGAAGUUAUUGUCAAUGAUGGAGGAAUGUUCUCUAAGAUAUUUAUUGAAAAACCAGUAAUUAAAAUUAUGAGAAGUGAAGAUGGAAGCUAUGAAAUUAUAAUAAAUGGUAAAGCUACUGGAAUAACUGGCCUAGGAGAUAUCAAUGCAUUGUUGGUUAUUCAGAAGCCAACAGAUGGUCCUGUUGGAGUUGGUAUUGUCGCUUCUCUCAAAAAUGUUCAGCCUUUAAAGGUUAUUUCUGCAAUUAUUGGCAAAGAUUUAAAUGACAUAGACAUUUUAAAAGAUCUCCUUUUAGAUAUAUCAAUUGAAUAUGCAAACAUAGAUAUAUUAAAGUUGAAAGAUACUGAAAUUAAAGAACUUUUAUCAGCUUCAAUUCCAAGCCAUUCUGCAACUCUUUCAGAAGGUACUAUUAUUAGUCUUAACAUUCCUAUAAACAAAAUUUUAAAGAACAUAGGUUCUACUGCUAAUCUAAACAAUAUACCUAAAGAGUUAUCAUUUCAAAUCAUUAUCAAGAGCGAGAAAAUUUCAUUUGUUUUUCCUCCAGACAUUUUUGAAGAUGGAAUGAAUAUUUUAGCUGCACUAGCACCAAAUGCUUUUGAUCUUCUAAAUAAAUAUUUAUUCAAGUCAAAAUUUAAGAUUCUUUUUAAAAAGUAUGAUGUAAACAUAAAAACAAAAGUAGUUGAAAUUUCUAUAUCAAUUCCUGAUGAGAUUACUCUUGGCAAUACUUUCAUAUCUGUUAAAAAUGCAGAAUUUGAACUUAAACUAGAUGAGAAUGCCAAGUUUCGCUUCUUACUUAAGGCUGAGCUACAACUUGCUGGCUCCUCAAUUAAAAUAGAAGUUGAGAAAAAAGAUGAAAAAUUUGAGUUAAAAGGCUCUGUUGCAUUGCUUACAUCUACUGAACUCAUUAAUGCUUUUGGUUCCAAAGAAUUAGAUGACAAUUUAAAAUCAAAAAUGUCCAAUUUUAAUUUUGGAAUAAAAGAUCUUCAAUUAACUGCUGAGUUUGGACAAGGAGUUUCGCAAGAAGUUAGAUUAGUUGGCGUUCCUAUUUUAUUUAACUGGGAAGGAAUGAAAUUUGAAGCGUACAUGCUAAGUAAACAGGUUCCACCUGAUCAGCUUUCAAAGUUUUCAGAAAAUACAAUUUCUCAGUUCAACAAUCAAAGCAAUAAAUAUGAAAUAAAUCCGUAUUUUUUUAAAAUAAAAAUAGCUAAAAGAAAUAAAAUAUCAUCAAAAGAAACAGAAUAUGAUGAAGAAACAGAUUAUGAUGACACAACAGAUGGAGUGGAAAGCUCAGUACAAAAAGGUUUUGAUAUUGACAGUGAACCAGUAACACAGAGUGUAUCAAGCCUAAAAAAAAAAUCAGAGGAUGCAAGCAAAAGAAUGAUGAGUGAAAAACAAAUGGGUUUGGCAAUUUUUAUGAAAGAUAUUAGAAUUGACAGUAUUUUUGAAAAUUUGUUUAACAAAACUAUCAUGGGUACUAAUUGGAUGGUCAACCUUAACAUCGCACUUGUUAUUUCUAGUACAGACAAAAAUUUAUUCACCAUACCAGAAGUUAAAAAUGCUGUUAAAACUGUAAAUAAAGGAAUAUAUUUUCGAGGAACGUUAACAAUACCCCAAGAUUGUAUGAAGAAUGAAUUGUGCGAGUUCGCAAAGAAGCGAAUGUCUCCUAAUGCUGUAUUGUUUGUUACUGCUGGUUUUCAAGAUAGUACUUUUUUUUUAAAGGCUGGUUAUGAAGGAACAUUAGAGCUUAGCAAGUUAGCGGUAAUAAAUUCAUUAAACUUUGAAGUAAAAGUUGGUUUAAAGAAUGAGUUUUCUUUAAAUGGUAAACUGACGUUGCAAUUGAAACCAAAUCCUUUAGUAUUUGAAGUUUCAAUAAAGUUGGAUAUAAGUGGUGGUUUGAAAUUAGAAGGAACUAUGAAUGGCAUAUGGCACAAUCCAUUUAACUUACCAAAUUUUGCUUUUGGAAAUGUAGGGAUUAGUUUAACACUACAAGUUCCACUAUUUGCUUUUCGAGGUUUUGAGCUCUCUGGUGAAGUUCGUCUUGGUAUUCCAGGUAAAGAGAUAAUUGCUAAGGCUGCUGGUGGAACAGAUAUGGCAACAGAUAAUUACUUAUAUGCAGAUAUCAAUAAACUUUCCAUAAGUGGUUGUUCAGAAGCAUUUGGCUAUAAUCUAAAACUCCCACAAGUGAUCUUAGAUUCAGGUUUUCCAGAUGGGGUUACUAUUGGAUUUUCCUCUAAGCCAAAAGGCAAGGAAAUUAAACAACUUGGUACAAAAAUUGAAAAUGGUUUCCAACUACAGGGUAUGCUGAAUGUUCUGGGUUUUAAAGCAAAAAGUAAAGUUGUCAUUAAUCCAAAAAAGCUUCUAGUUGACUGCGAGUUAUCUCGUAUUGACAUUUUAAAUGGUGCUCUUGUUUUGGCAAGAAAUUUAAAAGAUCAAGAAAAUGGUCCGAAGGUCUUUAUAGAGUUAUCUCCUACUUCAGCAAAGUUUUUUAUACAAGGUGCUAUUUCAAUUUUGGGGAUUUCUUCAGCAGUUACAAUUGAUAUUGGAGAUAAUGGCAUACACUUUAGCAUUUCUGGAAAUUUGUUUGACAUUGUCGAAGCAAAUUUGACAGUUAAAGCCCCAUAUGGAAAAAAUAUGAAAUUAAGUGAUGCUGGAUUUCAGGUUGCAGCAUGUUUAUCAGCUGACUUAAAUGAAGCAACCAAUGAAGCUAACACUGUUGUACAAGAUGCUGUUGAGCAAACAAAAGAUAUUGUAUCAGUUACUCAAACAAGUGUUAAUGAACGUGCCACAUGGUAUAACAAAAUUGUUUCAACAAUGGAAUCUUUAAAAAAAACAAUGGAAAAACUUCUUGAGAAGAUGACUAUUACUGCUACUAAGAUAAAAAAGUAUGAACAAAAAAUUGAGACUGAUUGUACAGAAAAAUGUAAUAAUGUUGGAAAGUUUUAUGCAAACAAAAAAUGCUUAGCUAAGUGUGUGAUGGCUAAAAAGUAUGCAUCUAUUAAAAUAGUAGCAAAGAAAGCAAAGCAAGAGAUACGUGAAGUUAGAUACAAGUUGGUUAUGAGUAUUUUAAAUGCAGCAGAAGCUCUAGUUAAAAAAUCAAAGACAAUCAUAGAUAAAACAGAAGCUAUCAGUAAUAGUGUUUCUAGUUAUGCUCAAGCUGGAUUAAAAGCUGUUAAAGAUGCUUCUGAAUACCUUAAGAAAAAUAUUAUCCAAAUUCAUCAUGCUUGCUUCGACACAUCUCUUGAGUUGGCAUCAAAGGCUUGUUUUGCUGUCAAAUUGAAUGUAACUGUUAUGGGAAACCAAAACAAAGUUUUUGAAGCAGAAACAUGCUUUGAAAUGGGUUUCAUGAAAUCCAUUGGUAAAGCAAUCACAGAUAAAAUUUAUCCUGGAAUACGAGCAAUUGGUGAAAAAAUUAAAGAGACAAAAGCAAAAUUAUUUCAAGUAGAUGAAGAUGAAAAAGAAUUAAAUAAAGAAACACUUGAAAACGAAAAAGAAGUUAAAAAGUUAGAAGAAGAAGUCGCUACUGAUAAUGAUGAUGACAAUAAUGAUGAUGAUGAUGAUGAUGACACUGAUGUUGAUGUUAAUGAUGACAGUGUUGAUAAUGGUGGCAGUUUUACUAAGAAGAUGAUCAAAAAGAAUAAUAUAUAUCACAAUAUUACCAUGGAAGAAAUAAAACAUCAGAUUUACAGUGAAUUUCAUUCUGUUUCACUAACUGAUAGAGAUGUUCUUGAAGCUUUGGAUAUAAAUCCUGACUAUACCCUCCAGAAUAAUUUUGCUGAAGAAGAAUCAUUUGGAAUGAACGAAUUGACACAACAAUUAGUAAAUGAGAAAAAUAAAUGCAAGCUUGCACAAGGAUUAGUCAGAAGUUAUGGCAAGAUAUCAGAUCGCUUGAAUAAAAUGCUUGCAUUUUUAGAAAAUCAAAAGAGUAUGCAUAAAAAGCAAUGCUUUGAAUCUAAUCAUAUGUUUAAUAACUUGGAGAAAGCAGCAAUUGAAAAAUGUAAACGUGCUAAAUGUAAUGAGAAACAACGUCAAGAGUUCGUUUUCUUGGCUCAUAGUCUUACUCAUGCUCAUAUGAUGCGAAUUAAAAAGUUAGACGAAGACUUUGAACUUAUUGGAAAGAGACUCAUCAAGAGAGAAAGAGACAUGAUGUCUAAAAAAAUUAGUAGAAACGGUCUGACUGUUAAAAAAUUUUUGUCUAAACUUAAAUAUUCCACAGAAACUGCAUCUUUACUUCCAAGCAAAACAAAAGCAUACAGGUCAAACUUAAAUGCAUCUUUUAAGGUUGUUCAAGAUCUUUUACAAGGUGAUCAGCCGUACAAAGAUGCUGUCCAAAGUUUUCAAUCAAUGAAAAGUAAUUUAGCGUUUUUAAGACAAAACAUACCAUGUGCUGCUUGAAGAUACAAUAAAAAUCGUAAUUGUAUAUAGUUUUGAGGUUAUUUGCAAAACAUGUUUAUACUUGGUUUAUAUAUUCUUUGGUCAGAAAGCUAAAAUUAAAAAUAUAUAAGAAUGUAUUUUAAUCAAUUAAAGAAAAUAUAUUUCAAUAAAAAUUAA